AUUAGAUACCCUGGGAUAUUCGAUUCCAUACAUAAGAAUUGUUUCUUUAUAAUUUAUCUAAAGAACCAUAGCUUAUUUGCAACUUCACUACAAAGUGUAUCUUUGGGAGAAGUAUUUUUAUUGUCAUUUGUAUCUUCAGUUAAUACAAGUAGAGAAUUCUCUACAACAGAAAGUUCAACUCUUUAUUCAGUGUUUGGAAUGUUAAUAUUUUCAGAAAUAUUACUAUUUUUUGGUUUCAUAUGGGAUUAUCUACAUGCAAGAUUGGGUAACAUAUAUAUUGAUAUGCCUUUAAAUCUUGAACCUUAUUUAAAUAUAACUAGUUCUUUAAAUAUAACUAGUAGUGUAAUAUCAAUACUAGUGUAUAAAAUGACUGUUUCACAUUUUUCUGAUUUUGAAAAAUGGUUGACAUCGGCAUUCUUUAUUGGUUCAUUAUUUCUAUCCUAUCAAGGAGAUGAAUAUACAUUUUUACAAUGCGGAUUAAACGACAGUUGGUUUUCUCUUGCUUUCUUAAUUAUAACUGGACUACAUUCACUACACGUUUGUGUAGGAGUUUUAUUUAUAUGUUUAUCAGUUAACUAUCACGAUAGUGAUGGUUCAAAUAGAGUAGAAGAUUUUAACAUUGGUACAUAUUGGCAUUUUGUUGAAUUAAUCUGGGUAGCUUUAACAAUGCUCCUUUUCCUAAUGUAA